AGGAAGUGACUCGCAGCCGCUGCGGGGACUCUGGCUCCAGGCUCCUGGCGAGAUCCCCGAGCCCCGGCGGCUGGUGCUGGGAGCCCGGAGCCCGGGCUGCAGCCGGGAGAGGGGAAUCUCCAGCAGGGCCCUUCCCGCUGCUCCCCAGGAGCCUCUCCCAGGGCAGAGCCCCCAGCCCGGCCAGGCCUCUUCCCGGCCCGGCCCCUGCCCCAGGGGGCCCCGCUCGGAGGGAAGGCUGAGGAAUCACAUCCACAUUUCACUCCAGAUCGUCCCGUCGUGCAGGAGACAGAGAAGCGAAAUGGCUGUGAUGGAGCCAGCUCAGAUGCCGGUGACCUUCGAGGAGGUGGCUGUGUAUUUCACCCAAGCGCAGGGGGCUCUGCUGGACCCCGCUCAGAGAGCCCUCUACAGGGACGUCAUGCAGGAGAACUACGAGGCAGUGACCUCGCUGGUCCCAUCCCCCCAUGGUUGUCGCCAAGCUUGUAAUAGAGGAUUUCCCAUUCCCAAACCUGAGCUGAUCGCACAGCUGGAACGAGGGGAAGAGCCGUGGGUGCCCGAUCUCCAGGUCUGCGAGGAAACAGAGGUCCUGAGAUGCACCCGCACAGCAGGUGCUGAGAGAGUCAGUGAGAAGGAGAAAGGGAAUCAUCAUGAGGAAGUUCCUGGGGAUGUGGAACCACAGCGCACAUUUAUGGGAAGAGCUGAAGGGAAUUUUUCCCAGUGCUGGGAACAGGGAGAAGCCUGUGGAAAUUGGCAGAGGUCAGAGAGGCUGAUGGGAAACCACCCAGGGAAGAAAGUGGAUGAAUCUAUUAACUGUGGGGGAGGAGACAAUGAUCCCACAGCCCAGCGGACAAAUCCCAAGCAAGAGAAACCCUACCACUGCCUCCAGUGUGGGAAAGGAUUCAUUGUGAGACCACACCGUGUUACAAAUCAGACAAUCCAUACUGGAGAGAAACCCCUUCAAUACGUGGCCCCUGGAAAAAUCUUCAAUAUCUGCUCAGACUUUAAUAACCAUGGAAAAAGCCACAUGGGAGAUAAAUCCUAUCAAUGCCUCGAGUGCGGGAACUGUUUGAAUUCAGCACUAAUUACACAUCAGAUAAACCACACAGGAGAGAGAUCCCUUAAGUGCUUAGACUGUGGAAAAAGUUUCAUACGCAGGUCAGACCUUGUUAAUCAUCAGGCAAUCCACACAGGAAACAGACCCCAUAAGUGCUUAGACUGUGGAAAGAGUUUCACGCAGCGAUCAUAUCUUGUAAUACAUCAGAGGAUCCACACAGGAGAGAGACCCCAUAAGUGCUUAGACUGUGGGAAAAGUUACAUACAGAGUUCAGACCUUGCUAAACAUCAGGCAGUCCACACUGGAGAGAGACCCCAUAAGUGCUUAGACUGUGGGAAAAGUUACAUAUGGAGGUCAGAGCUUGUUAGACAUCAGGCAAUCCACACAGGAGAGAGACCCCAUAAGUGCUUAGACUGUGGAAAGAGUUUCACACAGCGAUCAUAUCUUUUAACACAUCAGAGGAUCCAUACAGGAGAGAGACCCCAUAAGUGCUUGGAUUGUGGGAAAAGUUUCAUAUGGAGGUCAGAGCUUGUUAAACAUCAGGCAAUCCACACAGGAGAGAGACCCCAUAAGUGCUUAGAUUGUGGGAAAUGUUACACACGGCGAUCAGACCUUGUUAGGCAUCAGGCAUUCCACACAGGAGAGAGACCCCAUAAGUGCUUAGACUGUGGAAAAAGCUUCAUACGGAGGUCAAUCCUUGUUAGACAUCAGGCAAUCCACACAGGAGAGAAAUCCCAUGAAUGUGUGGACUAUGGGAAAGGUUUCAUACAGAGGUCAGACCUUGUUACACGUCAGGCAAUCCACAUAGGAGAGAGACCCCAUAAGUGUUUAGACUGUGGAAGAAGUUUCAGAAACACAUCAGCCCUUGGUAAACAUCAGGCAUUCCACACAGGAGAGAGACCCCAUAAGUGCUUAGACUGUGGGAAAAGUUAUAUAAGGAGGUCAGAGCUUGUUAGACAUCAGGCAAUCCACACAGGAGAGAGACCCCAUAAGUGCUUAGACUGUGGAAAGAGUUACACACAGCGAUCAUAUCUUGUAACGCAUCAGAGGAUCCACACAGGAGAGAGACCCCAUAAGUGCUUGGACUGUGGGAAAAGUUUCAUAUGUAGGUCAGACCUUGUUAAACAUCAGGCCACCCACACAGGAGCAAGACCUCAUAAGUGCUUACACUGUGGGAAAAGUUACACACGGCGGUCAGACCUUGUUAGACAUCAGGCAAUCCACACAAGAGAGAAAUCCCAUAAAUAUGUGGACUGUGGGAAAAGUUUAAUACGGAGGUCAGACCUUCUUAAACAUCAGGCAACCCACACAGGAGAGAAAUCCCACAAGUGUUUAGUCUGUGGAAAAUGUUUCAUAUGUAGGUCACACCUUGUUAGACAUGAGAGAAUCCACACAGGAGAGACACCCCACAGGUGAUUGGACCGUGGGGAAAUUCACGCAGAUAUCACACCUCAUUAAAUAUGAGAGAAUCCACACAGGAUUUAAACUUCUCUGACACAGACAGAAAGUGUUAAGGAAAUUGCAUGUAAUUGACCUAGAUUCAACCUUUAGAAACAUGUUAGAAAAUUGUGUCCUCAGAUAAACUAGAGCUUCAAGAGGUAAAUGUGUAUUGUUAAAGACAUGGAAGAAGCUGGUAACUGUAGUAGUCUUUGUUUAGUUGUAUCUUGUUAGAGGUUAACAAUGGAAAUAAACAGUUCUUGUCUAGGGCUGUAUUCUGUGAAUUCAGAGAUUAAAAGGGAAUAUUAACAUUUAGAUAAAACUUGGUUGUAAUAAUGUCAUUGUUUGUCUCCUGAAAAUUUGUGGUAAACUGUCUAUGAACUGCUUUAUGGAGAAUCACCUCAUGUUAAUCCAUGUAAUUAAUUACCAGUGAUGUUUAGGAAAUAGGUUACUUCAAAAGCUUGUUGUUCAGCCAAGGACUGUGAGCUGUCGAGACGCUGCAAAAAUGAUCCGUUCUUCUCUGAUCUGCCGAAGCGUUAUUCGGGGCGGGAGGGAGGGGGAGUGUGAGUCGGAAGACGGAGAUCUCCAGUCCCAUCUGGACCGCCCUGACAUUGAAAUUGGGCAUUGGACUAGAAUGUGAUGAAAUGAUUCUGUAAAGGACUCUUUGCAAUUCUAAAGCAUCAUCUCUACAGUGAAACUGACCUAAGGACUCUGCCAGUCUGUAUGUAUAAUGAUCGUUCAACCAACUCUCUCUCUUUUCUUCUUUUAAUAAAUCUUAGUUGAGUUAAUAAGAA